AUGUUAACCUUCCCUUCUGUUCUUGUUUUUACAGAGCUGACCCUGAACCCACCCGAGGGGAUUGUAGCAGGUCCUGUGAAUGAAGAGAACUUCUUUGAAUGGGAAGCUCUGAUUAUGGGUCCAGAAGACACCUGUUUCGAGUAUGGGGUAUUCCCUGCUGUUCUGAGCUUCCCACUCGACUACCCGUUAAGUCCUCCGAAGAUGAGGUUCACGUGUGAGAUGUUCCAUCCAAACAUUUACCCAGAUGGGAGAGUUUGCAUCUCUAUUCUUCAUGCUCCUGGGGAUGAUCCUAUGGGAUAUGAAAGCAGCGCUGAGCGGUGGAGUCCCGUGCAGAGUGUGGAAAAGAUCCUCUUGUCAGUUGUUAGCAUGCUGGCAGAGCCAAAUGAUGAAAGUGGAGCCAAUGUAGAUGCCUCCAAGAUGUGGCGGGAAGACCGAGAACAAUUUAACAAAAUUGCCAAGCAGAUUGUGCAGAAGUCACUUGGACUUUAA